AUGGCUGGCUGGCCGACGACGGGCUGGUUGCUCGUGGGCAGUCGAGAGGAAAAGAGAGACGACGACGGCAAUAUCGCAAAUGUGCGUGUGUGUUCUGCUACUGCUAGCACCAAUGGGAUCGCUCCACCACCGCAACCAGCACCACCACCGCCACCACCGACCGGUGUUCCUUCAACAUCGGCAGGAAACGCCACGACAAAUCAAAGCACACGACGACUUGAACCUGGCGAGGUUUCUGCAUCGAAAAGUUCAUCGUUCAUGAAGGCAUUGGGCAAUAUGAAUAAGAGCAUGUUGGAUGCGGCCAUGUUGCAGCUGCUCGCCUCACAGAUGAUGAGCCAACAGGCUGCCGUGGCCAAGAUAAAUGGAACUAAAAAUAACAGCAACAUUCGAGCAACGAAGAAAGAAGCGGCUCAAUUGGCUCUAGAUCUCUCCGCUAAGACAAAAGCUGAGCCAGGGCCAUCAUCAGACGGUACCGAAACGCGGAGCAGUGCCACUCCAUCAGAAGGAAUCGGUGGCGAAGUUGGAAAGAAGCGGCCACCAGCAACGGAAUCACAAGCCAGAGUGCCUCUUGCGUUGGGAUGGCGUCGUCAGACAUGUAUUCGAACAAUAGCCGCGUCUGGUGUACGAGGUGAUGUCGUUUACUAUGCACCCUGUGGCAAAAAACUGAGCACCUACGCCGAGGUGUUGAGG